UCCACAGAGAAAGACACACACAGGGAGACAUUACCAGCCAGAGACUGGGGACAUUUAAUCGGCUUCUUUUUUACGUUUUGUCCAUUUUUCUCUGAGAUUACGCUAGCCCUGUAGGAUUUUUAGCAAUUCUUUUCUUACCGCGCACAUAAAUGUCUCACACUGAGUUUUGGCCUCACCGAGCCGCCUCACUUGUUUUGGACAUUGUUAAACGGAGUUUAGGGUUUUAAGCCCCCCUGUUCUCAAAACGCAGCUCUGUUAGAGGGUUCUAAGCCCCUCACUCUCAAAACGCAGCUCUGUUAGAAGCUCUGGGUUGGUGUCUCCAACUAAGCACACACCAUAUUUUAGUGUAAACAGAAGACUUUUCUCUCACCGAGGAUGCUCGCAGUGACUCGGAACUUCUGCUGCUGCUGGAUGGUAACGUUGCUCCUAGCAACAGUAGCGUCGCUGGGCGCCAAAGGCGGGAACUCCUUAGCAACCGCGCGGCACGGGGCGUCGCGAGACGCCGAAAACUCCAUCAAAUCCCCGCCGCUCGGCGAGUCGCCCACAGCGGCCACCAACCGCUCAGGGGUCGCUCACAGUGGAGCGGCCAGGAAAGGCAACGUCCGCCUUCAGAUGUACCCCUGCAGCAGUGAUAAAGAGUGUUCGGUCGGUAGUUACUGUCACAGCCCUCAGCAUGCUCCCUCACGCUGCCUCACCUGCCGUCGGAGGAAGAAGCGUUGCCACAGAGAUGCCAUGUGCUGCCCUGGCAACCGGUGCAGCAACUAUAUCUGCAUCCCAUUCUCCGAGAGCCUUCUGUCGCCACACAUCUCGCCCUUAGAGGAGCACAACAAACUCUCAAGCAAAGACAAGGGCUGGAAGAGGAGUGGGAAAGCCCAAGCCAAGCUCUCCCUCAAAGGCCAUGAUGGUGACGCAUGCCUGCGUUCCUCGGACUGUUCGGAGGGCUACUGCUGCGCCCGUCACUUCUGGACCAAGAUCUGUAAGCCCGUGCUGCGUCAGGGUGAGGUGUGCACCAAGCAGCGUAAGAAAGGCUCUCACGGUUUGGAGAUCUUCCAGCGCUGUGACUGCGCCAAAGGCCUGGCCUGCAAGGUGUGGAAGGAUGCCACCUCGUACUCCAGAUCCAGACUGCAUGUGUGUCAGAGAAUCUGAGGGCGGUGCAGGUGAGGGCCCAGCAGGCGAGCUGCACCGUGGGGCCCAUCCUUUCUGCCUGAGGGCGGAACGGAGAGGACUGCUUUUUUUCCAGGACUCAGCCAUCUGUGAUGAAGGGAGGCAUGGAAGGGAGAGAGAGAGUUAGAGAGAGUGAGAGAGAGAGAGAAUAACCCAGUAUGUGUGUGUAUGUGUGUAGUUUGGGACAAACGAUUGAGAUUCGUGAUCUGACGCUGCCUUGGAUAGUACAUACCCAGCCUCUUUUCAGCAGCUUUUUUGCUGCACGUUUUAAAAACUGUAUUGAUUUGAAAGCCAUAGCCUUUCACCAGCAAUAGAUGGAGGUUCUGAAGCAAUUCCACUCUCUCUAUGCAUUUAGGUUUAUGUAUAAUACAUGUCAAACAAGACUGUGUUUACCUGUUAUCUAGUGAUUUGAAAUGCACAUGGUUCAGCAUAACUCACUUAUCAAUCAGAAAUAACCACUAUAUUUCAUGAAAACAGUAUCUAACUGUUCUGUAACACUUGUAGUAUAUAACCAUAUAUUCAUUUCUGCUAGAUCUACAUUGCUCAUACCUGCCCAGAGCAAAGCACUCUAAUUUGUGUUGUUGUAUGCAAAUGUUUGGGCACCUCUGGUCAAAUAACAUGUUUUGUUAAAGUUUUUUAAGUGACAAUAAGUUACACGUUCUCUACAGAGAAGAAA